AUGAACUGCGAAGACUUUGGUGGUCAUGCGCAGAGAUUUACUUGUCUUGAGGUUGCCCAAGACAAGCCUCUGCAAAUUCAAGUGGAGGAAAAAGAAGAUGACACAGAUGAAAGUUCAAGUGAGGAGGAAGAGGAGGAGGAAGAUAAACUACCUCGAAGGGAGAGCUUGAGACCAAAGAGGAAACGGACCAGAGAUGUUAUCAAUGAGGAUGACCCAGAACCUGAACCAGAGGAUGAAGAAACAAGGAAGGCCAGAGAGAAGGAGAGAAGGAGGAGGCUGAAGAGAGGAGCGGAAGAAGAAGAAGAAAUUGAUGAAGAGGAAUUGGAAAGAUUGAAGGCAGAGUUAGAUGAGAAGAGACAAGUGAUUGCUACCGUCAAAUGCAAACCUUGGAAAAUGGAGAAGAAAAUUGAAGUUCUCAAGGAAGCAAAAAAAUUUGUGAGUGAAAAUGAAGGAGCCCUUGGGAAAGGGAAAGGAAAGCAGUGGUUUGCAUUUAAGAUGAUGAUGGCCAAGAAAUGGGCAAAAUUUCUUCGUGAUUUUGAAAACUUCAAAGCUGCCUGCGUCCCUUGGGAAAAUAAAAUCAAGGCGAUUGAAAGUCAGUUUGGCUCCUCUGUGGCCUCAUACUUCCUCUUCUUGAGAUGGAUGUAUGGGGUAAACAUGGUUCUCUUCAUCCUGACGUUCAGCCUCAUCAUGUUGCCAGAAUACCUCUGGGGUUUGCCAUAUGGCAGUUUACCUAGGAAGACAGUUCCCAGAGCUGAAGAGGCAUCUGCGGCUAACUUUGGUGUGUUGUACGACUUCAACGGCUUGGCGCAAUACUCCAUCCUCUUUUAUGGAUAUUAUGACAAUAAACGAACAAUUGGAUGGAUGAAUUUCAGGCUGCCACUCUCCUAUUUUCUGGUGGGGAUCAUGUCCAUUGGCUACAGCUUUCUGGUUGUCCUUAAAGCGAUGACCAAAAAUAUCGGGGAUGAUGGGGGCGGUGAAGACAACACGUUCAACUUCAGCUGGAAGGUGUUCACGAGCUGGGACUACCUGAUCGGCAAUCCGGAAACCGCAGACAACAAAUUCAAUUCUAUCACCAUGAACUUCAAGGAAGCAAUCAUAGAGGAAAGAGCAGCCCAAGUAGAAGAAAACGUCCACUUGAUCAGAUUCCUGAGGUUUCUCGCUAACUUCUUCGUGUUUCUAACACUUGGCGGGAGUGGAUACCUCAUCUUUUGGGCUGUGAAGCGAUCCCAGGAAUUUGCACAGCAAGAUCCAGACACCCUUGGGUGGUGGGAAAAGAAUGAAAUGAACAUGGUCAUGUCCCUCCUGGGGAUGUUCUGUCCAACACUGUUUGACUUAUUUGCUGAAUUGGAAGACUACCAUCCCCUCAUCGCUCUGAAAUGGCUACUGGGACGCAUUUUUGCUCUACUUUUAGGCAACUUGUAUGUAUUUAUUCUGGCCUUGAUGGAUGAGAUUAACAACAAGAUUGAAGAGGAGAAGCUGGUAAAGGCCAAUAUUACCCUCUGGGAAGCCAACAUGAUCAAGGCCUACAAUGCCUCCCUCACCGGAAAUAGCACUGGGCCACCUUUUUUUGUGCACCCUGCAGAUGUACCUCGAGGACCCUGCUGGGAAACAAUGGUGGGGCAGGAAUUUGUGCGGCUGACCGUUUCUGAUGUUCUGACCACUUACGUCACGAUCCUCAUUGGGGACUUUCUCCGGGCAUGUUUUGUGAGGUUUUGCAAUUAUUGCUGGUGCUGGGAUUUGGAAUAUGGAUAUCCUUCCUACACUGAAUUUGACAUCAGCGGCAAUGUCCUCGCUCUGAUCUUCAACCAAGGCAUGAUCUGGAUGGGCUCCUUCUUCGCCCCCAGCCUCCCAGGCAUCAAUAUCCUUCGACUCCACACAUCCAUGUACUUCCAGUGCUGGGCCGUGAUGUGUUGCAACGUCCCUGAGGCCAGGGUCUUCAAAGCUUCCAGAUCGAAUAACUUCUACCUGGGCAUGCUACUGCUCAUCCUCUUCCUGUCCACCAUGCCCGUCCUGUACAUGAUCGUGUCGCUGCCGCCAUCUUUUGACUGUGGCCCCUUCAGCGGCAAAAAUAGAAUGUUCGAAGUCAUUGGAGAAACACUGGAGCAUGAUUUCCCAAGCUGGAUGGCGAAGAUCUUGAGGCAGCUUUCUAAUCCUGGAUUGGUCCUCGCUAUCAUUUUGGUUAUGGUCUUGACCAUCUAUUACCUCAAUGCUACUGCAAAGGGCCAGAAGGCAGCAAAUCUGGAUCUAAAAAAGAAGAUGAAACAGCAAGCUUUGGAGAACAAAUUGCGCAACAAGAAAAUGGCAGCUGCCCGAGCAGCUGCGGCUGCUGGUGGCCAGUAACUUUCAUAGACACGCUGGGACCCAG